AAGCAAUGCAAACGCUUAUGGUGCACAAGCACAGAAGGUGUUCACAAGGGUUGUCGUACUCAGCACAUGCCUUUGGCUGAUGGAACAGUUUGUGGUGUGGGAAUGCACUGCCGCCACGGAAUUUGUGUGAGCAGAGAAAUGGAGAUGCGUCCUGUAAAUGGAGAAUGGGGACCAUGGGGACCUUAUAGCUCAUGUUCAAGAACUUGUGGAGGUGGAAUCAAGAGCACCACCAGGCUGUGUAAUAAACCAGAACCAAGAAAUGGAGGAAAGUACUGUGUUGGCCGCAGGAUGAAAUUUCGAUCAUGUAAUACUGAUUCAUGUCCAAAAGGCAAAAAAGAUUUCCGGGAGCAACAGUGCUCUGAAUUUGAUGGCAAACACUUCAAUAUCAAUGGUCUUACGUCUGCUGUUCGCUGGAUUCCGAAAUACAGUGGUAUUUCUGUGAAAGAUCGCUGUAAACUUUUUUGCCGCGUUUCUGGAACAACUUCCUACUAUCAGCUGAAGGACAGAGUUGCUGAUGGUACUCCCUGUGGAGCAGAAACCAAUGACCUUUGUGUUCAAGGCUUAUGCAGGCAAGCAGGCUGUGAUCACGUUUUGAAUUCCAAGGCAAGGAGAGACAAAUGUGGAAUCUGUGGUGGUGAUAAUUCUUCGUGUAAGACUCUUGCAGGUACUUUCAACAGUGCUCAUUAUGGUUACAAUGUUGUAGUAAAUAUUCCCAAAGGAGCAACAAACAUUGAUAUUCGUCAGCACAGCUACUCAGGGAAACCAGAAGAUGACAACUACCUUGCUUUAUCUGAUAUUCAUGGAAAUUUUAUCUUGAAUGGAAAUUUUGUUGUAAGCAUGUCAAAAAGAGAAAUCAAUAUACAAGGAGCCAUUUUUGAGUACAGUGGUUCAAACAGUACGAUAGAACGAAUUAACAGCACUGAUAAAAUCGAAGAAGAGCUAACCUUACAGGUGCAUGUUAAAAAUUUAUACAACCCUGAUGUGCGUUAUUCAUUCAAUGUCCCAAUAGAAGAUGGAAGUGAUCUGUAUGCAUGGGAUCCUUAUGGACCCUGGCAAGACUGCAGCAGGAUGUGCCAAGGUAUUCGAAGAAGAAGGCUGACAUGCAUACGUAAAAGUGAUCAUGUGGUAGUGUCUGAUCAAAGAUGUGAACUUAUACCUGCUGUACCAGAUGUCUUUGAGGAGUGUAAUACAGAGUGUGAAUUAAGGUGGCACAAUGUUGGCAAAAGUGACUGCACAUCAAAGUGUGGCCCAGGGUAUCGUUCUAUAGAGAUCCACUGCAUGAGGUACUCUAUUUCAAAAGGACUCAGUGCUCCAGUGGAUGAUAAGUACUGUGCUGAUCAGCAGAAACCACCGACCAGAGAGCCUUGCCAUGGUGACUGUAUGUUAACAAGUUGGCAUUACACAGAAUGGUCAGAGUGUUCCAGGAGCUGUGAAAGAGGUGUCAGAACCAGAGAAGCUUUUUGUAUGAACAGUUUGGGACGUCAUCUUCCUGAGGGAGAAUGCCAGGAACUUCCAAGAGUUGUAACACAGAGUUGCAAUGAAUUCUUAUGUCCAAGCUGGUCUGUUAGUGAGUGGAGUGAGUGUCCUGUGACAUGUGGCAAAGGAAUGAAGCAUCGUCAAGUAUGGUGCCAACUUAAUGAUGAACAACUGAGAGAUGAUUUCUGUAACCCAAAUGAUAGACCAGAAUCAAUAAUAUCAUGCGAACUUCAUGAAUGUGCAUCUUGGCAAGUAGGGCCUUGGGGAUCAUGUUCUGUAACAUGUGGACGUGGAUACCAGAUGCGUGCAGUCAAAUGUGUUACUGGGACUUACAGAAUUAUUCUGGACGAUGAAAGUGAAUGUAAUGCUGCUACUCGUCCUAGAGAUAACCAAGAAUGUGAAUUGCCUUCUUGUCCAGAAAAUACAAAAUUAUGGACUACAUCGCUUCCUCUAGUUCAUGUGGGGAAGGUGACCCAGUGGAGAUAUGGAUCAUGGACCCCAUGCUCUGCAUCCUGUGGGAAGGGUGAUCGUGCUCGCUAUGUGAGUUGUAGAGAUGCACAUGGAGGAAUAGCAGAUGAAUCUUUCUGUGCUCAUUUACCAAGACCAGCUGAAAUUUCAAGCUGCUUCAGCCCAUGUGGAGAGUGGCAAGUUGGAAAUUGGUCCCCUUGCACAGUUACAUGUGAUAGUGGAAUAAUAACAAGACAAGUUAUCUGUGUCAACUAUCAUCAACAAAUCAACGAGAAUUACUGUGAUCCUGAAGGACGACCUUCCAAAGAACAAGAAUGUAACAUGCCACCAUGUCCACCAGUUUAUCACCAUAUUCCGAAAAUACAGGACCAUCCAAGCCAUUUUCCAGAAACCCAUCCACAAGACAAUACAAACCAGUGGAACCAUCCCUCUGUGGGAGGAUAUCAGUGGAGAACUGGACCCUGGGGAGCA